AUGCUCGUCUCGAAUAUCCAAAUUGUUGCUGUUCUCGCUGUUCUUGUUCCGGUCGCGAAUGCGUGCUUCGCCAGCGGUGUAUGCGGCGGCCUCGGGGGUCUAGGCGGAUUUGGGCCGCCCUGCAUGAGUCCGAUACCUCCUGUACCACCGCCUUGCGCUGGAGGUGUAGGUUGCUCUGCUGGAUACACAUGUGGUGCUUACGGAUGUUACCGUAGUCGAGCGCGUGUACACGGUGCAGGUACCGUACGAGGAACACCAGUACUUCUUGGUGCUAAUCGAUUCUCUCAGUUCAGAAGAAUGGAAGUACCGCUAUCGAAGGACCCUAAUUCAUUAUUUAUGGAGUGCUGCGAACAACGAGGUCUACCAGAUGCUUGUCUUCGUCAUUGCACCUACAAUACCUAUACAAAAGAAGCGCUGACUCGGAUGUAUUUCAAACAUGAUGCUUGCCCUGUAGAGGCUUCAGCUGAGAUCCAAUUCUGCGCCGCACAGGGUAGAGAUCAUCGACCAUGCUGCCAACGCAAUGGUGUUUCGACAACUUUGGCAGGACUGAAGUGUCUAACAUUCUGUGAUCAACGACCAGGCAACGUGACGAUGCUCGACAUGUCGUACCUACCGUGUUACGAUCGUUUUGAGAACAUGAAAGCAUGCUUCUGGCAUGAUAGCACACAUCGACUUAAAUAA